CGAUUAUUGAGAUGUUAAUCUCAUGUACGUAUUGUGAAUUUCUCGUUGCCUGUAAUGUUAUGCACCAAAUAAAAGGUGAAAACCAACUCUGAUUGAUGAUGUGACAGUGUCAAUAAGAAGUUGGUGAAUGCUAUUCUACUGAAAACUAAUCCCAGAAACUGACCAUGGACACCUCAGAUUUCUCCUUUACUUUGGACCAACGUCCAACAAUGAUGAAGUUAGAGGAGGUUUUAGUGGGUGAUUCUCCAAUGGUACGAGGCCAGGAACAAAGUAAAACAUUUCGUAACAGAGCAGCCAACAUUAAUAUAAGACGAUCACUUCAGUUGCUAGAUGAGAGUGUUGCUUUUCCUGCUGCUGCGACCAGAAGAACUCCACACAGGGGAGGAGCAUUGCAGCAUAGCUCAUACACACCAAUAUCUUCUGGAUCAAAGUAUGAUGUGUCAGGAUUAUUGGGACCUACACCGAGAAAGGCAUCAGCAGCAGAUCAAAGUUAUAACCAGAUGGAUUCUACGAUGUUUACUAACAAGUCCUAUCUCGAGGAUAUGACUGAGGAGGUUACAACCACCAAUGUUGGUCUGUUGUUGGAGGAAGAUCCUGGUAUCUCUGCUUGUAAAGGCCUAUUUGAGGAUUUCCAGAAGUGUAUGAAAGCCAACGUGUCAGAAAGUCAGUCAUUUGACCUGAUCAAAGAAUAUGAAAAUGCCUGUCGAGAACAUGUUGUACUUUUAAGGAAGUUAAUGAAAAGGGCCACAAGGAAUGAACCAAGGUUCCAGAAAACAUUUGAAAUGUUAGAUCUGAUAGAACAUGAACAGAACACCUGGCAGCUGGUACAUUCCCUAUUGAAAGAUCAGUUGGAAGUAGAGCUCAGGAUGGACCUCCCAGACGAAGAGAUGAAUGAAGAUGGUGGGUCUCUGUUCAGAAAAAGUGACAAAAAAAUAGUCAGUGAUUUCUUCGAAAACAAUUCAGAAAUCAGACAAAGUCAGCUGAUUGUUGACUGGCUGGAAAGUUGUGCAUUAGAAAAAGUACAAAGGAUUAGAGAUAAUAUCAAAUUUUUCUCAGAUAGAGCUGUGGGAUGGGAAAACACUCUACACAAACUACAAACAAGAGAAUCAGAGAACCUGUUUGGCGGAACAGAUCGUCCCCUGGUUGAUAAAAUUGACCCGGAUGCUGCAGUUAGGCAGAACAAAAUGGUGGAUGAUUUAGAUAAGGAAGAUGAAUCGCGCCUCUUACAGACCUUGUUUGUGUACAUACGAGCGGGCCAACUACAGGAGGCCCAGGAUAUUUGUUGUGAGCAUGGUCAGGCUUGGAGAGCAGCAACACUUGAGGGAUGGAAGCUUUAUCAUGACCCCAACUUUGAGGCCAUGGUAAAAGGUCAGACAUGUUCUGUGGAAGGAAACCCAAACCGAGACAUCUGGAGAAAUGUCUGCUGGAACAUGGCCAAAGAGCCAAGUUAUGACCAAUUUGAGAAGGCUAUUUAUGGUGUUCUGAGUGGAAAUCUACAAGCAGUACUGCCAGUAUGUAGGGACUGGUUGGACUAUCUAUGGGCACAUUACAAAGUACUUGUGGAUGUACGGAUGGAGCAGGAACUACGCACACAAAAGUUGUCUGGUCGACAGCUGGUCAGCAUGCCUUCAGAGUUCUGGGAUCAAUCAUCUGAUGCUGAAUCUGUGUUUAGGAGAUUGGAAGCUUAUGAAAACAUUAGUAAAGAGGGCCUUCGUUGGUACCAUGUCAUUCAGAAAUGGAUCAUCCUCGGCGACACUGAGAAGCUUAUUGAAGUGAUGGCAGGCUGGGUGAGAGAUGAACAGCUCAAAAUUCCACAACAUCUUUUACGCUUUAUGGCUCAUUUGGUCCUUUUCCUCAGAACAACACAGCGGCAUGUGAGAAAUGACCUUUGUUCCCUGAUACUGGAGGCAUAUGUAGAGGACUUGAUCCAAGGCAAUCACAAGGAGUUGGUAGCACACUAUGUUGCUUCAUUACCCAGCGAUGCUCAGGUUGUGUGGUAUGCACGCUUUCUGGAAGGUGUAGAAGAGAAGGAAGAGAGACAAGCCUGUUUAGAUCUGGCUACUAAUGCCCAACUAGACAUCCCACAGAUUACUAAACUUGUGGUGGAAAAUAUCCGCAGCCACUCCACAGUCGACUUCAACAAAAACAUUGACCAGGAAAUUGACACUACUAUUACACAGGAGGAUAGGAAGAAAAUCGAUGCCAUUGAUUGGUUAGUGUUUGAGCAAUCACAGAGAUCUGAAGCAAUGAGACAGGCCAAUGCAGUGAUGCGUUCAUUUGUGGCUGUCAAGAAGUUGCAUGCUGCCAAAGAAGUGUUUAACAAACUACCAUCAGACUCCAUAGAUGUGAUUGUGAAGACUUGGCAGUACCAGACAGGUUCAACAGACCUUCCUCCUGAGGAAGCCAAUAGUGUGCGGGAAUACUUAUGUCACAGGGCCUACUUGAAUGCCAUGGACAGUUUCAAUGACUUAUUUAACCAGUACCAUCACACAAAGCCAACCAAACCCACACUGGCUGAGGCUGCAUCAUUUACUGAGAAAGUAGCUCAUGAACAACAAAUGAAACGCUAUCAUCAAGAAAUGGAGAGAUGGCGACACCAUCUCGACAUACAAACAAAGACAACCAAGGGAAUGAUAUACAAUGUAUUACUAUUUGCGGAUGGAGGCUGGAUGGUGGACCAGAAAAAGGUUGUUUCCCCCGAUACCAAUCGUGAACACCAGAUGGGACUACUAAGGCAGUUGGUAUUGCCAGGACUCUGCUUUCUACUUCAUAAGAUCCUGCACACAAGUGGUCACUAUGAUGAGUGUCUAAAAAUUGCUGAUCUUGUGGCCUCAGAGCAACAUGGUCUUCAUAAGGUUUUUCGGAAAGAUGAACUUCAGCAAUUACUGCGCCUUUUGAGGGAUUCUUCGUUAUGUAAUUUGAAUAAGAACCUAGAUCCUCUUGGAUACCAAUCUCAGCUGGAUCAACAGACAGUCAACAUUUGAACAGUGCCUACGACAUAGAUAUCACAUCAAUUCUGAGUGUUAAGAUAAUAAUCAGUGGACUAGGAUACAUAAGUGUGGAUUAUGUGAUGAUUCAGACUGUUAAAACUCAAUCUGAUCACAAUAGGUGUCAAGAACAUGCAGCAAAUGCUGAUCCAAAAGACUUGUUUGGACUUUUGUACCUGUUGUCACUCAAAGAAUCCCAUACUGUGUUCUACAGAUUGUUAUUGGUGCUAAGGAUGUACUAUGGAAGUAGUCAGGAGUUUUACCACCUAGCUGGGAAAGCAGUGCAUUCUUUACAACAUAUUCUCAUAUUUCCCAAAGCAAAGAAAGUAUUGUGUGAGAGAAAACAAUUUCACAUCAUGUGAGUUUAAGAUAAACAAAAUCUUUUUUUUUGCUUUUUAUUUCAAAAACUUUUUUUUUUUUUUCCACAUAAAAUAUCAAAGGACUAAGAUAAUGAAGUUGAUUUCUGUUUUACUGACAGUUCAUGACUUUUACUCUCGUGAUGACAAUAAUUGAUUGCCAUUCAAAUCAUUGUGAACAUAUUAGGACAGGUAUUGUACAAAAUAAAGUUAAAUGAUUGCACUAAUAUUUGUAAAUCAUGAGAAUAUCAUUAACUUUCAAUCAUAGUACAAUGUAUGGAAGUGUCAAGUGCAAAGCAAUUAAAAUGUUGAUGCCAUU